GUGACACUAGAGGCAGAAGAGUUUUGUGGGUUUGUACUGAAGGUUUAAUGUACACAGGUUGUGUUAGGACUUGAUACCGUGACUAUUUCCUGUAAGUGAACUCUGUGCUGAUACAGGGUUUGAUUUAACACACCGAUGUUGGAGUGAAGUAAACGUGUGUCCUGCUGUAAUCUGGAGAAGGAGACAUGACCUCCAACAUGAGUGUGUCUGGAAAACAGGACUUAAAGAAAGACGAGAGAAUGAUGAAGAGAAAGAGAUCAGACUCACCAGAACCCAGCUGUGUGUCCAUGAAGAGUGACGCGUCAAUGGAUCCUCCGGUUAAGUUCAGAGACAGAGACAGAGACAGUUCUACUGAUGUGAGACUGCAAAAUAAGAAAUCAAAGAUCGGCAGAAAUCAGUUGGAGUCCAUAUUCAAGGAGCUGGAACACAAAGUCAUCACUCUGAUAAAGAAUGAGCUGAAGAGGUUUAGGAAGCUCGUGAGUCCAGAUUACCCAGCAUGCACUGAGAGGGAGGUGGAGGAUGAGGAGGAUCUGCACAGUGUCAGAGAGGGAGCGCUGAAGAUCACACUGCACGUCCUGAAGAACAUGAACCACACAGAUCUCGCUAACACACUGCACAACAAGUCUGUGGCCUUUGUGUAUCAGGCAAAGUUGAAAUCCAACCUGAGAGAGAAGUUUAAAAGAAUUAAUGAAGGAAUCUCACAGCAUGGAAGCUCAGCACUUCUGAAUGAGAUCUACACAGAGCUCUACAUCACAGAGGGUUGGAGUGGAGACAUCAAUAAUGAACAUAAGGUGAGACAGAUUGAGACAGCGUCCAGGACACCAGCCACACAGGAGACACCCAUCAAAUGUAAUGACCUCUUUAAAGACAAGUCCAUCAGAACUGUGCUGACUAAAGGUGUUGCUGGAAUUGGAAAAACAGUCUCUGUGCAGAAGUUCAUUCUGGACUGGGCUGAAGGAAAAGCAAAUCAGGACGUCACCUUCAUGUUUCCACUUCCCUUUAGAGAGCUGAAUUUGAUGAAGCAGCAAAAUCUCAGUCUGAUGAAUCUUCUUCAUCACUUUUUCCCAGAAAUGAGAAAACUACAAUUAAUAGAUUGUGAAUCCUACAAAGUGGUGUUGAUCUUUGAUGGUCUGGAUGAGUGUCGACUUCCUCUAAAUUUCCAGAACAAUGAGAGAUUGUGUGAUGUGACAGAGUCAGCCUCAGUGGAUAUGCUGCUCACAAACCUCAUCAAGGGGAAUCUGCUUCCCUCUGCUCUCCUCUGGAUAACCUCUCGACCAGGAGCAGCCAAUCAGAUCCCUCCUGAGUGUGUAGACCAGGUAACAGAGGUACGAGGGUUCAGUGAUCCUCAGAAAGAGGAGUACUUCAGGAAGAGGAUCAGUGAUCAGAGCUUGGUCAAUAAAAUCAUCACACACGUGAAGUCUUCAAGAAGCCUCUACAUCAUGUGCCACAUCCCAGUCUUCUGCUGGAUUUCAGCCAAUGUUCUAGAGAGAAUGUUGGGUGAAGCAGAGAGUGGAGAGAUCCCCAAGACUCUGACUCAAAUGUUCACACACUUCCUGAUCUUUCAGAUCAAACACAAGGACCAAAAGUACCAUCAGAAAUGUGACCCUGAUCCUCAGCAGACCAGAGAGACUAUCCUGGCACUGGGAAAACUGGCUUUCCAACAGCUGGAGAAAGGAAACCUGAUCUUCUAUGAGGAAGACCUGAGUGAGUGUGGCAUUGAUGUCAGAGAAGUGUCAGUGUACUCAGGAGUGUGUACCCAAAUCUUCAGAGAGGAGUUUGGGCUUCACCUGGGGAAGGUGUUCAGCUUUGUACAUCUGAGUGUUCAGGAGUUUUUGGCUGCUUUAUAA